UAACAAAUUAACUAAGUUGUAGAUUGAAAGAAGUCUCCCGCAAAAAAAGUAAAACAACGUGGUUUCAACUGGUCUUACCACACAUAAGUGCACCUAUAUAUAGUUACAUAGAGUUGUAGAAGCGUGCUAUAUAUAGAACCGAAGAGAAGAGAAGUGAAGAAUCUCCAAGAUUCAUAUUCUCCCUUUCGUCGAACAACACAUAGGCACGAAAGCAUUCUUCUUCUACUUCACCCUGAUGAGUUUGUGAGCAUUGUUUUUAAAAGCAAGUGAAUGAUUGAUAUCGAUGGCGACGGGUAACAACGCGUCAUGCCCAGCGUUCAUGAAGGCAACGUCGAAUGGGGCGUUCCAACAUGAGAACCCCCUCGAUUAUGCGCUUCCUCUGUUAAUCCUCCAGAUUUGUUUGGUCGUUGUUUUUACUAGAGUUAUUGCAUUCCUCUGCAGACCCCUCAGACAACCCCGAGUCAUUGCUGAGAUCAUUGGAGGAAUACUACUUGGGCCAUCUGCAAUUGGACGAAAUGAGAAGUUUCUGAGCACGGUUUUCCCAAAGAAAAGCAUAACGGUUCUUGACACACUAGGCAACGUUGGUCUUUUGUUUUUCUUGUUUCUAGUUGGUCUUGAGCUUGACAUGCGUGCUAUUCGCCGUACUGGUCACAAGGCCUUAGCCAUUGCCCUUUGUGGGAUCACUGUGCCUUUUGUUCUUGGCAUUGGCACUUCUUUUGCUCUUAGAGCCACCGUGUCCAAAGGUGCUGAGCCAGUUUCAUUUCUUGUCUUCAUGGGUGUUGCACUCUCAAUCACUGCCUUUCCUGUCCUCGCUAGGAUCCUAGCUGAGCUUAAACUCCUCACCACUGAUGUUGGUCGCAUAGCAAUGUCAGCUGCAGCUGUGAAUGAUGUUGCAGCUUGGAUUCUUCUUGCUCUUGCCAUAGCCAUUUCUGGUUCUAACGGAUCACCCUUUGUUCCUCUUUGGGUCUUGCUCUCUGGUGUUGCUUUUGUUAUCUUUGCUGUCUUUGCCAUUAGGCCAUUGCUUGUAGCUAUGGCUAACCGUUCCCCUGAGGGUGAGCCAGUGAAGGAGGUGUACAUAUGCAUCACAUUGACACUGGUUUUGGCUUGUAGUUUUGUCACUGAUACUAUUGGAAUCCAUGCCCUCUUUGGGGCUUUUGUGAUUGGUACCAUUAUGCCCAAAGAGGGUUCAUUUUCUGUAGUGAUGAUUGAGAAGAUAGAAGACCUGGUGUCUGGCCUUUUCCUGCCACUGUUUUUUGUGUCUAGUGGCUUGAAGACUAAUGUGGCAACUAUUAGUGGAGGACUUUCUUGGGCAAUGUUGGUGCUUGUUAUAUUCAAUGCUUGCUUUGGCAAGAUUGUUGGCACAAUAGUUGUGUCGUUAACGUGCAAGGUGCCUUCUCAAGAAGCCGUGGCACUUGGAUUUCUCAUGAACACAAAGGGCUUGGUAGAACUCAUAGUUCUCAACAUUGGGAAGGACCGUAAGGUGUUGAAUGACCAAGCAUUUGCCAUUUGUGUUCUCAUGGCAUUGUUUACCACCUUCAUCACCACCCCAAUAGUGAUGGCUGUAUAUAAACCAGCUCGCAGAGGAGCACCCUACAAGCACAGAACAAUUCAGCGCAGAGAUCCUGACACUGAGCUCCGAAUGCUAGCUUGCUUCCACACCACCCGCAACAUUCCCACGUUAAUCAAUCUCAUAGAGUCUUCCCGCGGAAUUCGAAAGAGAGGAAAGCUUUGCAUCUAUGCCAUGCACUUGAUGGAACUCUCAGAGCGAUCUUCAGCAAUCACAAUGGUUCACAAGGCACGCAAGAAUGGCAUGCCCUUCUGGAACAAGAAACCGGAUGACAAAGAUCAAAUGAUCAUUGCUUUUCAGGCUUAUGAGAAACUAAGAAGUGUCAAUGUGCGCCCCAUGACAGCCAUCUCUGCUCUCAAUAGCAUCCAUGAGGAUAUUUGUACUAGUGCUCACCAAAAACGUGCAGCCAUGAUUAUCCUCCCAUUCCACAAACACCAACGUGUGGAUGGAUCAAUGGAGUCACUAGGACAUUCACUCCAUGUGAUGAAUCAGCUUGUGCUAAGCCAUGCUCCUUGCUCAGUGGGAAUUUUGGUUGAUCGAGGUCUUGGAGGGACAAGCCAAGUCCAAGCUAGUGAUGUGUCUUAUAAGGUUGUUGUACCCUUCUUUGGGGGACGUGAUGAUCGUGAAGCACUUUGUUAUGGUAUGAGAAUGGCUGAGCACCCGGGGAUUUUGCUCAAUGUGGUUAAGUUUGUGCCCCCACCUGGGGCAUCAUUGGCCUUUGGUGCUAAAUUGGUUGGGAUGUCAUCGAACAAGGACAAGAAAGCAAUGGAAGUGGUUGGUGGCAGUUAUUAUGAUGAUAAACAACAAGAUGAUCAAUUGUGGAGUGAGUUUUUAAGUGCAUGCAACAACAACCAAGAGUCAAUGAAGUAUGAGCAAAAACUGGUGGCAAGCAAAGGUGAUAUUGAGGCAGCAUUGAAGGAAAUGAAUAGGAGCAAUCUAAUAUUGGUUGGUAGAAUGCCAUCAGUAGGACCUUUGGUUAGCAGAAGUGAUUGUCCAGAACUUGGACCUGUUGGAAGCUACAUGGCUUCUUCAGAUUUCUCCACUGUUACAUCAGUUAUGGUAAUUCAGCAAUAUAAUCCUUCAACUGACAUUCAUCCACUAGUGAUGGAGGAAUUUGAUUACCCAGAUAAGCUAGAGCCAAACGCACCAAGGAGUUAAUGUGGCAUUAAAGCUGGAGUUGUCUUUUGGUUAUAACUUAUAACUUACGAAACAAGGCCGAUGCUCCUAAUGUUGGAAAUAAAUUUGUAUGUC